AUGUUCAACUGUAUAAAGGAUGCAGGUGCAGGUUUAAGCGAAUACGCAGCGGACCCCGAGACUGUUGCAGCUAGUGCAGAUGAGGAGUUGUAUGAUGAGGAGUCGCAUCAGGGAGCAGCUGAAUACUUCGGACUGAAUCAGUACAACAAAAUAUUUGUAAUUUUUGAGAGUGAAGCUGUAAGUAUAUGUAUUUCUCGACCAUUCACUUUGCUUGAUUUGACACUUACACUCCGUAUAUUAACAUCAAUCUGGGUUCUUUUGCAGACUAUCUUAAUAAAGAACUUGGAACCCACCCUACGAGAAUGGGAAACGGACGCCGUUCGCUUGCUCCGUGAUAGUUUUCAGGUCAUCGAAACUCAGGAAUUGAGCGAUGAGGGUAACGAGAAUGAUGACGAGGGUGAGGGGGGAUCAGCGGAAAGUGAUGAAAAAGGCGUACAGGGAGAGGGAUCAGGGGGGAAUAUCGUGAAACCAUCUCUUUUGAUGGAUGAAUUUAGGGUUGGGAUAGAUGAGUUGAAGAAGGAGAGAGAGGAGUUGAAGAAGGAGAGGGAUGAGCUAAGGAAAGAGAAGGAAGAGUUGAGAAAGAGAGAAGAGAGGCUUGAUGAGAGGGAGGCGUUGUUGAAAGAGAAAGAAUUGUUAAAGAUGGAGAGAGUAGAUCUAAACGAGAGAGUGCAGUUGAAGAAAGAGAAGGAAUUAUUUUUCAUCAUGAACGAGGAGUUGAAUAGGCGGAUGUGUGAGUUAUUGAGAGAAACUGAAAACUUAGCGAAAGAGAGGGAGUCCUUAAAGAAGGAGAAGGAAUAUUUCUAUAUAAAGAGAGGACAGUUUAUGAGGGAUGAGGACGAGGAGUUGAAGAAGAAAGUCAAAGUUGAGGAUAUGGAAGAAAAAGAAUAG